UAUUUUUUUCAGUUGCUACUUUUUUUGGUUUAUAACACCGUCGAUAUAAUAGUCACCAUUUACUUAGAUGUCGUACAGCAAAAUAUGGAAUUGGAUAACCUGCCACGCUUCAUCGCGCUGAACACGCAGGUGGCUCAGGAGUUGCUGACGAUGUUCGCCCCGAUCCUGGCGGCCGGUCUGCUAGCGAUGCAGGCGGACGAGCUCAAGCUGCGUCUGCACGAUCUGCUCCUAGUCUCAGAAGAUAAGCAGAAGAAGGAAGUGAAGCGGUUCAUAGCGUAUGUGGAUGCGCGUCCGCUGCGGAGCCGCGCGUGCCAGGUCGUGCCGCUGGACUGGAACCUGCCGCUGGUGGUGCUCAACCUCGCCGCCACCUACCUCAUCGUCAUGCUGCAGUUCACACAUAAAUUUUAAAAACGCGCUUGUUAUUUUAUAAAUACCUGCCUCUAAU